AAAGAACGACGUUGCGGGGACAUUUAAGCGCGCGUUCUUUCAGUUUUAUAUCGCAGAGUUUGAUUGCGUGACAGCGUUGAAGUAUAUAUAGAUUCACAAGUCUCAGCUGAAUUACAAGCUAUACGCACACACUUAUGCUGAGAGAUGAAUAUCACUGCUUCCCUUGGUACUUCAGCUCCCCACCUCCCACCCCUUCAUUCCAGCCCUCCUCUCAGGCCUAAUGGAACUGAGUCUUUCGCCAUUGAAAUCCAAAAUGUAAAGUUUUCUGUCAAAACUAAACAGAAGAAAUUAGUACAUAUUCUCGAGGAUUGUUCGAUUCAGAUUCCUUCUGGUCAAUUUUGGAUGCUUCUUGGACCAAAUGGUUGUGGAAAGUCUACUCUUUUGAAGAUAUUGGCUGGUCUCUUGUCUCCAACUGAUGGAUUUAUGUAUGUGAAGAAACCAAAGAGUUUUGUAUUCCAAAACCCAGAUCAUCAGGUAGUGAUGCCUACAGUAGAAGCGGAUGUCGCAUUUGGCCUGGGUAAAUAUAGAUUUACCCCUGAGCAGAUUAGGUGUAGGGUUGCAAAAGCUUUGGAUGCAGUUGGCAUGUAUGAAUAUCUGAGAAGACCGGUUCAAACUCUUAGUGGUGGUCAGAAACAAAGAGUUGCAAUUGCUGGUGCCCUGGCAGAGGAGUGCAAAGUUUUGUUACUAGAUGAGCUCACAACAUUCUUGGAUGAAACUGAUCAGAUUGGAGUAAUUAAAGCAGUGAAGAAGUCUCUAGCCAGUUCUGACGAUGUUACAGCGUUAUGGGUAACACAUCGCUUGGAAGAACUUGAAUAUGCAGAUGGUGCUGUUUAUAUGGAAGAUGGAAGAGUAAUCAUGCACGGAGAUGCUUCAACCAUAAUGGAGUUUAUUGAAGAUAGGAAAAAUUCCUAUAUCCGCAAAAUUAACGCCUGAUAGAAUAUAAUGCCAUUUGACAGCCAAAUAUCAUUGUUCAUGGUAGAAAAAUAAGAUAGUUUAUCAAGUAAUUAAAGUUGCGACUAUCUUUUCAGCUGCAGUAGAACAUGUUUAUGUUGUAGUGAGCAGUGAGCUUGGGGUAAUGUAAUGUACUGUACUAUUUGGAAUGUAUAUUUUUUUUCGAUAGAACCUGACAAGUGAAAUCCAAGAUAUUCCUCCAUACGAAGGGAAGAAGUUUCAUUCA